UAGAGCCCCGUCGAAGUCGCAGUAGCUCAGCCGGCGCAGAGAGAAUGCAAAGGGUUAAAGUCUGCUCCAUAAACUCUUGCUUAAGAAUCCCUUGGCAGCUCCACAUGUAGCUUUAAAUACUGAUUUGACAGAUCACGUUUUACUCUCAGGCUGCGAGAAAAUAGCCAACCGCUGCGUGUGCUGCUGUGUAACGUCUGUAUCAGAGCAACAAGUACAUCCCGGAGCUUGCACACAAACGAUGGGGACCAGACCGGGAAUGCUUAUUACUACCUUUAUAUUUGCGUCAUGGGUGAUAUUAAUCUCUGGGACAGAGCAACAGCUAGGUUCAAUGGAGCAUCCACUGAAGUUUGAAGAGCCUGAAUUGGACACUUGGAUGGAAAAGAUAGACACCAGCGUUCUCCUGGCUGCUGAUGAUCCGGAUGACUUCAAACCUGAAGAAACGGAUGCUUCUGACCUUCCAACAUGUCUGCUGUGUGUGUGUCUGACUGGAUCGGUGUACUGUGAGGAAGUCGACCCCGAUAUGACAUCGGUGCCGGCUCUUCCUAAAGAGACAGCCUAUCUGUAUGCUCGUUACAACAAGAUAAAAAAGAUUACCGCAAAAGACUUUGGGGAUGUUGUUACACUGAAAAGAAUAGAUCUGACUGGAAACUUAAUUUCGGAGAUCGAGGACGGGGCCUUCAUGAAGCUGACGUUGUUGGAGGAACUCUCCAUCGCCGAGAACCGGCUUGUGAAGCUGCCAAUGUUACCACCCAAGCUCAUGUCCUUUAAUGCCAAUCACAACCGCCUCAAGACCAGAGGAGUAAAAGCCAACGCUUUCAAGAAAUUAAGCAAACUCAGAAAUCUAUAUCUUGCCCACAAUGAGUUGGAAGCAGUUCCAGUAAUUCCAGAGAGCGUGCGCAUUUCACAUUCAGAACAACAAUGUUACAACCGUUACUGCCGACACCUUCUGCAAAAGCAAUGACACCUACUACAUCCGGCCCAACAUUAAUGAGAUCAGGAUGGAUGGAAACCCAGUGAUCCUCGCAAAGGACCCCAACUACUUUAUUUGUCUGCAGUCCUUGCCGAUUGGACGGUACCACUGAAAAAUCCCGUAAAAAAAAAAAAAACCCUCCCCUUCCACCCACGACCACCAUCACCCCACCCCUAUCUUGUGCCUUGAACGAAAAGAACUAUGGACAGAAAAGUGUCUUAUGUCCAGUUUGUCACCUUGCAAAAGCAGGGUACGUGAAUUGUUGAUUACUAUGUUAUGUAAGUACUGAAAUUUCUCUUGAACUCUGUGGCUUAAAUGUAAUUGUUAAAUGUAAUUAUAUAUAUAUAUAUAUAUAUAUAUAUAUAUAUAUAUAUAUAUAUAUAUAUAUAUAUAUAUAUAUAUACACACACACACACACACACACACACACACACACACACACACACACACAAUAACAAUUCUGUUGAAAGCUGCAUAGUAAUUUAUGGUUUCCAUAAAAGCGGACACUUGCAGCAUUUCAAUAUUAUUGAACUGUUUUCACUUGUACUGUUUAAGAAGUCAAGCCAAGCUCAUUAGCAUUCAUUCCAUACGUACAUGCGUCUACAAGGAUGUAGUCACUCUAUCUUGAUAGAACCGAACUAUUUAUGUGAUUGCUACCUAUGUGCAAAUAAUCAAGUAGGCUGUACAGUUAUACAUGAUAUUAAAAUAUUAUGCUAUA